UGGCUGCACUGCAUGCAGCAGCGUGCAGGGUCAAAGACAGCCGGCCCCCCAUGUCAGUGGUCUAGGAUGGCAAGUGAAGCCACCAACAUCCCAAGUCCUGUGGUGCGCCAGAUUGACAAGCAGUUUCUGAUUUGCAGUAUAUGCCUGGAAAGGUACAAGAAUCCCAAGGUUCUCCCCUGUCUGCACACUUUCUGCGAGAGGUGCCUGCAGAACUACAUUCCUGCCCACAGUCUAACCCUCUCCUGCCCCGUGUGCCGCCAGACCUCCAUCCUGCCCGAGAAGGGGGUGGCCGCGCUCCAGAACAACUUCUUCAUCACAAACCUGAUGGACGUGCUGCAGCGAACUCCAGGCAGCAAUGCUGAGGAGUCCUCCAUCCUGGAGACAGUCACCGCUGUGGCUGCGGGGAAGCCUCUCUCUUGCCCAAACCACGAUGGGAAUGUGAUGGACUUUUACUGCCAGUCCUGCGAGACCGCCAUGUGUCGGGAGUGCACGGAGGGGGAGCACGCGGAACACCCCACAGUCCCCCUCAAGGACGUGGUGGAGCAGCACAAGGCCUCACUCCAGGUCCAGCUGGACGCUGUCAACAAAAGGCUCCCAGAAAUAGAUUCUGCUCUUCAGUUCAUCUCAGAAAUCAUCCAUCAGUUAACCGACCAAAAGGCCAGCAUUGUGGAUGACAUCCAUUCUACCUUUGAUGAACUCCAGAAGACUUUAAAUGUGCGCAAGAGCGUGCUGCUUAUGGAGCUGGAAGUCAACUAUGGUCUCAAACACAAAGUCCUCCAGUCGCAGCUGGAUACUCUGCUUGAGGGGCAAGAGAGUAUCAAGAGCUGCAGCAGCUUCACGGCGCAGGCCCUCAACCAUGGCACGGAGACGGAGGUGCUGCUUGUGAAGAAGCAGAUGAGCGAGAAGCUGAACGAACUGGCGGACCAGGAUUUUCCGCUGCACCCGCGAGAAAACGACCAGCUGGACUUCAUCGUGGAGACCGAGGGGCUCAAGAAGUCCAUCCACAACCUCGGGACGAUUUUAACCACCAACGCCGUCGCCUCCGAGACGGUGGCCACGGGCGAGGGGCUGCGGCAGACUAUCAUCGGGCAGCCCAUGUCCGUUACCAUAACAACCAAGGACAAAGACGGCGAGCUGUGCAAAACGGGCAACGCCUACAUCACGGCGGAGCUGAGCACGCCCGACGGCAGCGUGGCGGACGGGGAGAUCCUGGACAACAAGAACGGCACGUACGAGUUCCUGUACACAGUACAGAAGGAGGGCGACUUCACUCUGUCCCUGCGGCUCUACGACCAGCACAUCCGCGGCAGCCCGUUUAAGCUGAAGGUGAUCCGGUCGGCGGACGUGUCCCCCACCACCGAGGGCGUGAAGAGGCGCGUGAAGUCCCCGGGGAGCGGCCAUGUGAAACAGAAGGCGGUGAAGAGACCCGCCAGCAUGUACAGCACCGGGAAACGAAAAGAGAAUCCCAUCGAAGACGAUCUGAUCUUCCGAGUGGGAACCAAAGGAAGAAAUAAAGGGGAAUUUACAAAUCUUCAAGGGGUAGCAGCAUCUACAAAUGGGAAGAUAUUAAUUGCAGACAGUAACAACCAGUGCGUGCAGAUAUUUUCCAAUGAUGGACAGUUCAAAAGUCGUUUUGGCAUACGAGGACGCUCUCCCGGGCAGCUGCAGCGGCCCACGGGAGUAGCUGUGCAUCCCAGUGGGGACAUAAUCAUUGCAGAUUAUGAUAAUAAAUGGGUUAGCAUCUUCUCAUCAGAUGGGAAGUUUAAGACAAAAAUCGGAUCAGGAAAGUUGAUGGGGCCCAAAGGAGUUUCUGUGGACCGCAAUGGGCACAUCAUCGUGGUGGAUAACAAGGCGUGCUGCGUGUUUAUCUUCCAGCCAAACGGGAAAAUAGUCACCAGGUUUGGUAGCCGAGGAAAUGGGGACAGGCAGUUUGCAGGUCCCCAUUUCGCAGCUGUAAAUAGCAAUAAUGAGAUUAUUGUUACAGAUUUCCAUAAUCAUUCUGUCAAGGUGUUUAAUCAGGAAGGAGAAUUCAUGUUGAAGUUUGGCUCAAAUGGAGAAGGAAAUGGGCAGUUUAAUGCUCCAACGGGUGUAGCAGUGGAUUCAAAUGGAAACAUCAUUGUAGCAGACUGGGGAAACAGCAGGAUCCAGGUUUUUGAUGGAAGUGGAUCGUUUUUGUCCUACAUUAACACAUCUGCUGACCCACUCUAUGGCCCCCAAGGCCUGGCCCUAACUUCAGACGGCCACGUGGUGGUUGCAGACUCUGGAAACCACUGUUUCAAGGUGUAUCGGUACUUACAGUAACAGUGGGCAACUGGACACCCCCUUACAAAGAUCUUACACUAUAAACUGGAAUGGAUUUCUCGACGCAGGACCAGAUUAUACUAGACUGUUCAUGCUAGAAGGAAUCAUCGGUGAACUUUCCAAGGUUAUUUCUGAAUGUAACGAUUUCCUUAAAAACUGCAUAUCUGAUUUCCAUAAUCCACAUUUAGGGUUGAAAAAAAAAGAAAUCUCUUCUACUGAAUCUAUAAAAACUGCAGAGUUUUACACCUGUGAACUAUGGCUUAUAGGACAGGGAUUUAUGUAGUUAAACUAAUUUUGCAAAUCAAAUAAACAUUAAAAAGCAACUAGAAUAUGUAAAGGUAUUUGUUAAUCCUGUGAGUGGUAGCUUUAGCGCAGAGCUUCCAAAAACAAAACAAAAACAAAAUCGGUUAUAGUUAUAUACUUUAUUUAACCUCGGUCACAAGACCCAGGGGAUCUUCUAACCUCACUUUUACAGUAGGUAUUACCCUUGUGACAUUUUUUUGGUUAUCAGUAGCUACAUAUAAAUUACUUUGGGAAAAACGGAAACUGUCUUGCAAAAUCCUCCCAGCUGGGAUUAGCAAGCGUCUUGAGUUUAGCACUUAAAAAAAUCAAUGCAAAUUUCCCAUCCUUUCUGAGUUAGAGCGAAGAUCUUCUUCAUGUGUUCUUUUCAUCUCUCUCCUGCUCACCUUGUAUCAAAAAACAAAGUUCAUUUUCAGGGAAUCCUGAAAUCCUAAUACUUUGAAAAGCAUAUUACACCGGCCCCGUUAACUCCAGAUUAAUGCACUGGAAUGUAAUCAAGAAAAAGUCAGUCACAUUUUCUGUGCCACAUUCUCACAUGUGUCUCUCCUCUUCCACUUCACGAAUGCGAAAGCUUUACCUCCUGCAAAAUGUCAGCACAUGUAGUAGGACACCAGUAUCCUAGGACAGAGAGCCAUAAACAGCCCUUUGGAGGACUGAUGGUGUCAACCAAAGGCAUGUGAUUGAUCAAUGGUUUCCUUUUAGAAACAAGUGUUACCAAAGUUGUGUUAUAUCAAAAGCAUUACAGGUAAGGGCAUGUUAUGGUUAUUUAUCAUUGUCUAAUGACUAGUAGAGGCAUUAAAGGACUAUAUAUACAUGAUUAGGGUAGGGUAGAAUGUAUCAUAUAUAGAUAUAUAUAGCUGAAUCUUCGGUGUAUUGAAAUAGGCAGCACCCUGAAAGACAGAAGCAUCUUCAGCACAUUCCUUACUGCACAGUUUAAAGCCGUCCUAGUAGAGCAAGCCCUAAAGCAGAUUUAAUUUUUGCCAUUUUCCAGGAACGCUUGUAUCGGCUGACUUUUAGUCAGAAAAUGGCCUUCUGUGCUUUCAAAAACAAAACAAAAAACAGGUCAAAAGAAAAAAAAGUUGAACUUGAGUUACAUUUAACUUUAAGUAUAAAUGCAUUUUGAAAAAUGUUGAGAACAAUUUAGUCAAUCUAAUACUGUAAAAUAAGAUGUGGUCUAUUUCCACUGUUUCAUUUUCUACUCAGUUCUACCAAACAGGAUGUCAUGUUUGGCAUUUUCAAGGAGGACUUUGGGACCUUUUUCACUGAAAGCACCUUAGAACUGUACUAUAAGAAAACAUUUCCCACAUGUAUAACUAUAUGAAUGUGAUGUUUCUUGCUUAUUAAUUUAUAAUUCAGCCAUUCUCUUAUAUAGGACUUUUUUAAAUUUAGAAGGGAAAUCUUCCAAUUAUCUAUCAAAUUUAUUAUGUCCAAAUCAACCUCUGAAAAAAAUUUUUUUCAGGAAAAUUUACAUUUAGGUUUAGUAUUUUUUUAGUUAGGUAGAAUUUUCAAAAUAUUUGAGGCUGUCCGUGAUAAAGUUAUAUAAAUCAAUAACAUUUUUAGAAUGUUAAACUAAGACACUGUUUCCUAACGUCAGUGAAAUAAGUCUUUGAAUUUAAACAUUCAUAUUUAAUGAGCGCUUACUGGGUGCCAGAGGCUAUUCUAGGCACUGGGGAUAAAGUAAUGGAUAAAACAGACAAAAAUCCCUGCCCCCUUGGAGCUUACACUCUAGUGAGGGAAUUUCAUUUUACCAUUUAUUAACAUUCUGCAUAAAAGAUAAGCUAGACCCUUGAUAACUCCUGGAAUGUUUAAAAGGAAACUUUUUAAAUUGGUUAAAAGAAUUUCAGUCUAUUUUCACAAGUAAAAAUGGCUUCCUAUGUAGAUUCUGUCAUAGGCCAUUGAUCUUAAGACUAGUUUACUUAAAGAGGUUUUUUUGCACAUUUAAAUUAUACUUGUGAAUUUAGAAAUUAACCAGCCAUCAUACCAUAUGAGACUGGAAAUCUCGAUAGUAGAUUGAAUACAAAGCUAAUUUUUUUACAUGUCAAUAUUGGAAUGAAACUGGAAUGAAAGAAGAGAUACUUUGAUUCAGACCUGUUCCACUGUCUGUUACUAAAACACAUGCUAUGGGCACUCCAGGAAACACUAUAUUUUCCCCAAAAUAUGUGUAAUCAUAUAUGUUAAAGUAUAGAUAACAUUUCAAAUUUGGAUACAUAUGUGCAUUUACUGUAUUAGUAAGCAUAUUUUAGGGGGAAAAGUGCUGCUGAUAAGAUACGAAUAGACAAGAUUUAAAUGAAACUUUGUCACAUUCUUUGAAAAAUGGUUUCUAGUAAACUGAGAAGGAUAGUAAAAUAAGUGACUUUUUUUCUGGGCUACCAUUAUUGUUUGAUUUCUCUUUGUCAAGUGUACAGAACCUGUCAUACUUUCAUGAUAAGUAGCACUGAAAAAUUACCCAUUCAGAUUUCCCCUGGGCACUUAUGGCAAAAUGUUGCCAGUUAGAAUGUAAAGGUAGGUGACAAUGCAUUCCCUCCCCGCUUAUAGAUAUUAGUAACUGUAUCUCUGACACAGACCUCCCCUGCUGGACACAGGGAGGUGGGUGGAGAGUUACUUCACCACCUAGAAACACAUGAAUAAAAAGCCUUUAUGACUGUUAGCCAUUUUUUAAAAAAUGGUUCUUAGUAUCUUGAUCAAACUUUAAUCUCUAGUAACUAAAGUCCCCAAGUUUCCUUCUUAUAAUUUACUCUUUGACUAGAUUUGAAACAAAUAAAUACUAACAGGUCCAUGCAACUAGAACACACUUGAUUCUACUACUAAAUAUACAGGGUAUGUCCUAACAGAGUUAACUGGAAAAGCAGUACGCUAGCAAGUGUCUAUGGAUCCUUAACACUGAAGGGUUCACAUAAAUGCUUUGGUAAUACCUAUUGAGUUAAUUGGAGAAAAUAGCAAAUAAGCAUCAGGUAAUCUGCAGAUUACUUCAGAUGGGAAAAAUCUUUAUGUACAUUUGGACUCUAUCUUAUCCUCCCUAUUCACCAGCUUCUUAAAAAGGAGUAAUAUUUUUAGUAUAAUU